AUGAUCGGCACACUACUUUCACGUCUCAUGAUACUGAGCUUCGGCACCUUGUAUCCAGGAUAUGCUUCCUACAAGGCCAUUUGUGCAAAAGAUGUGAAUGAGUGUACAAAGUGGUUGAAGUACUGGAUUACUUUUGCAGGAUUCACAUGCAUCGAGAUCAUAACAGAUAGGAUUCUCUUUUGGUUUCCACUCUACUACGAAAUUAAAGUGAUCCUUGUCUUGAACCUGACUUCGCCAACCAUAGAAGGCAGCUCCGCAUUGUACUCGAAGCUGGUUCAACCCAUGCUGGAACUCCACGAAGACGAGAUCGAUGAGUACAUAAGUCAUGCUCACGCAAUAGUGUGUUCCACAUUCCAGGAAUUGAGCACCAAGGGUGCCAGCUAUGCCAUAGAUGCUAUCAUGCAGUGUGGCACAAAGAUCAUUCAUCUGGCAGCACAGUCUCAUCGUGACCGCAAAUUAAACUCCCCUAACCAACUUCAAGAAAACUCUUUGCGUUCCACUUCACUGAAAGGCAUGAAAGCCUCCUACAAUGAGUUAAUGAUCAUAGCGGAGCUAACUGGAGGCGAUGUCGCAGAAGACCCACAAUCAUAUUACCAAAAUAAAGAGUUCAGGAUGUCAGGUCCAGAUCUGGCAAAGCUAGCUGAGGCACUGAAACAAGCCAAAAAGAUUUUACGCCACAGCGAACUAAUCUUGCCACGUUCUUACUCCACCAGCAGCAUUGAUACAAGCAGUGUCAUAAACGUGCGCAAUCAGCAACUGGCCACCGAUAAGCGAUCAAAACGCCCAACUGGCAGAGGAGUCUGUGAAGAGGAGAAAGCCAACCAGAUCGACUACGACCUCAAAAGCUUCUUCGAACAGCUCUUUAAAAAUUAG